UUCUAAUUUAGAGAUGAAGAGAAAUCGAACAAUGGUGGAAGCCUGAUUAGGGUCAAAUCGAAAACAUCCUAAAAAUUAGAGAAGAGAGAAAGACAUUACUCAUCAGGCAUGGGUUACGUUUUAAGGGUGAGAUUGGCAUCAUUUUUUGCUGGGGCUGCUGUCGCUUCUACUGCUGGUCUUUACAUCCUUUACAAUGAUUAUAAACUUGCUCAUCAUUCCAUUUCUGACCAGAUGAAACGCCUGCACGAUUCACUGGAUAGACGCGUCUCAACAUUGGAGAAGCUCAAAGAAUCCGAAGUUCCUCAAGAACAAGUUGAAGCUACAGAAUAGACGUUUUAGAGAAGUUGUUUACUGAUUUUGGUGUCUGUACACUCUCAGAUCCAUUAACACUCCUUAUGUGUCAUGUUAAAAUAGUGGCUCUCUUCCAAAGGGUUGUUUUGUCCCCAAUCAAUAAAUAAUAUUCGUGACAUUUAAUUUUCUCUGUUGAUUCUUAAAAUAUUUUUCUUAAUCAAAUUGUUGCUCUAUUUGUGGUGAACGUA